CAACAUAUCGGAUUUUAGUGAUAGUCUGUGGCAAAUGACAAGCAUGGCUCUAACGGGGGGCCAUGCUGCCAUAGUGCCAGCGUCAACGACAAAUCAUCUGCCUCAUCAUCACAUACAGCAACAACAAUUACAACAGCGUGGUACUGUCGGUGGUCAUGUACAUGGUUUACAACCGACACAAAACGCGGCGAAAAAAGCACAACUUUAUAAUCAACAGCAACAACAACAACAACAACAGCUGCAACAACAUCAACUCGCUGUGACCACCACGAGCAAUAGUAGUCAACGUGAAACAAAUUCAAAACGGCCAGACACUACAGUUUCGAUAUCAACAAUGUACACACAAGCUGAAGAUGAUGUGAGCGAUGAUAAAGCUUCCACUUGUGGUACCGUACUAAUAUUUCUCUCUGUGGUUUUGGUAAUACUAACGCUACCGUUUAGUUUGUUUGUAUGUUUCAAGGUGGUGCAGGAAUAUGAGCGAGCUGUUAUAUUUCGUUUGGGUCGUUUAAUGCAAGGCGGUGCCAAAGGCCCGGGUAUAUUUUUUAUAUUGCCGUGUAUAGAUUCUUAUGCACGUGUGGAUUUACGUACACGUACUUAUGAUGUACCACCGCAAGAGGUUUUAACAAAGGAUAGUGUGACAGUAUCGGUGGAUGCAGUGGUUUACUAUCGCGUUUCGAAUGCGACAGUUUCUAUAGCGAACGUGGAGAAUGCUCAUCAUUCGACAAGACUAUUGGCACAGACUACUCUACGAAACACAAUGGGAACUCGGCAUUUGCAUGAGAUACUCAGCGAACGUGUCUCCAUAUCGGGUACAAUGCAGCUACAAUUGGAUGAAGCAACUGAUGCAUGGGGCAUUAAAGUAGAACGUGUAGAGAUAAAGGAUGUGCGUUUACCGGUACAAUUACAACGCGCCAUGGCUGCGGAAGCUGAAGCCGCCCGCGAGGCUAGAGCCAAAGUUAUCGCUGCCGAGGGUGAACAGAAAGCUUCACGGGCUCUAAGAGAAGCAUCUGAAGUUAUAGGUGAUUCACCGGCUGCUCUCCAAUUAAGAUAUUUACAGACUUUGAGUGCGAUUUCGGCUGAAAAAAACUCAACUAUAGUAUUUCCUUUGCCCAUUGACUUGAUAACGUAUUUUCUAAAAACGAAUGAUGCUCAGACACAAAAGAAUGCAAAAGCCGCUGCCGCGGCAAUGGCUCAACAGGAGAAGCAUGAACAGCAGGAAGAGCAGAGAAAACAGCAAGAACAACAAAAACGACAACAACAAAAGCAGCCAAAGUCUGCCACAGUGUUAUAUUCGGAUGUUAAGCAACCGCCUAAAACGCAAGAAACUUCUAUAACAGUAGCAACUUUAUCAGAGCAUCAACAAUCGACGGCUAUGUAAGGGUUAAAUAACCUCACACUCGUGCACGUAAAUCGUGCAACUAAUUUAAGAGAAGCAAACUUUAAUAUCAAAAAGCAGCAAAAAAAAAAAAAAAAAAAAAAAAAAAA